AACUCACCUACUACUGCAACUACACUUCCCACUACUGUUUCUACAACAGAAACAACACAAACAACUGAACCUACAACUGAGAUUACGACAAACUCUCCUACUACUGCAACUACACUUCCCACUACUGUCUCUACAACAGAAACAACACAAACAACUGAACCUACAACUGUGAUUACGACAAACUCUCCUACCACUGCAACUACACUUCCAACUACUGUUUCUACAACAGAAACAACACAAACAUCUGAACCUACAACUGAGAUUACAACAAACUCACCUACUACUGCAACUACACUUCCCACUACUGUUUCUACAACAGAAACAACACAAACAACUGAACCUACAACUGAGAUUACAACAAACUCACCUACUACUGCAACUACACUUCCCACUACUGUUUCUACAACAGAAACAACACAAACAACUGAACCUACAACUGUGAUUACGACAAACUCACCUACUACUGCAACUACACUUCCAACUACUGUCUCUUCAACAGAAACAACACAAACAUCUGAACCUACAACUGUGGUUACGACAAACUCACCUACUACUGCAACUACACUUCCCACUACUGUUUCUACAACAGAAACAACACAAACAACUGAACCUACAACUGAGAUUACGACAAACUCACCUACUACUGCAACUACACUUCCCACUACUGUCUCUUCAACAGAAACAACACAAACAACUGAACCUACAACUGUGAUUACGACAAACUCACCUACUACUGCAACAACACUUCCAACUACUGUUUCUUCAACAGAAACGACACAAACAUCUGAACCUACAACUGAGAUUACAACAAACUCACCUACUACUGCAACUACACUUCCCACUACUGUUUCUACAACAGAAACAACACAAACAUCUGAACCUACAACUGAGAUUACGACAAACUCUCCUACUACUGCAACUACACUUCCCACUACUGUUUCUACAACAGAAACAACACAAACAACUGAACCUACAACUGAGAUUACGACAAACUCACCUACUACUGCAACUACACUUCCAACUACUGUUUCUACAACAGAAACAACACAAACAACUGAACCUACAACUGAGAUUACGACAAACUCACCUACUACUGCAACUACACUUCCCACUACUGUUUCUACAACAGAAACAACACAAACAACUGAACCUACAACUGUGGUUACAACAAACUCUCCUACUACUGCAACUACACUUCCCACUACUGUUUCUACAACAGAAACAACACAAACAACUGAACCUACAACUGUGGUUACAACAAACUCUCCUACUACUGCAACUACACUUCCCACUACUGUUUCUACAACAGAAACAACACAAACAUCUGAACCUACAACUGAGAUUACGACAAACUCUCCUACUACUUCAACUACACUUCCCACUACUGUUUCUACAACAGAAACAACACAAACAUCUGAACCUACAACUGUGAUUACGACAAACUUUCCUACUACUGCAACUACACUUCCCACUACUGUCUCUACAACAGAAACGACACAAACAACUGAACCUACAACUGCGGUCCCAACAACCCCUAAAACAACCCAUGGUAGAGCCCACCAUGACCACACCCAGUACCACUACACCUAUAACCACACCUACCACAACUACAACCACACCUAA